AUGCGCCGCCCAUCCCCCCGCAUGGAAGGAGUUGACUUCCGAGUGGCUUCAAAGCGCCGGCUACCAGAUGGCAGCGCUUGGCUGAAUCAGUAUCGCGUCUGCGAGAAGUUAGCGAACACUGAACUUUCCAGUGUAUUUCGAGUAGAGGAGACGAACGAUUCCAAUGGAGUCGUCACGAGCUUUUGCUGCAAACGAUACCGAAAGAUUUUACUCCUGAGGCGAAGGGAAUUUCGCCCGGGCCCGACUGGGAUGGGCUUUAUGACCAAACUGGAGGACGUGAAGGAAGAGGCCCGCAUAUUGGCGCUCUUAGAUCAUCCGCGUUGUCUUAAACUGAAAGAAAUCCUUGAUUCAAACCCGGAUUCAGCAGAUGGAAAAGUCUAUUUCAUUACAAGUUUUAUGGCCGGGGGAGCACUGAUGAUUCUUAAAAACGUCCGAGAUGAUGAGUCAGAGCGAAGCUGCUUGCUAGGAUCCGACGCAUCAGCAGAGGCCACCCAAGAUACACUCCGAGAGAAAUUCGUCCCACAGCUAAAGACAAUGAGGACUUUUACGGAAGCUCAAGCUAAAUGCUUUAUUCGGGAUGCUGCUGAAGGCCUAGCGUACCUGCACGAGGAGCUGGGAGUUUGUCACAGAGACCUGAAAGUAGACAACCUUCUUCUGGGCGCUGACGGCCGAGUCUGCGUAGGAGAUUUUGGAAGCGCUGAGAAAAUGACCGCGAAUGGCAAAGUCAGAUACACAAAGGGUACGUACAUGUUCAUGGCUCCUGAAUGCCUCCGCCCGAUAGAAGAAUCCAAGCCGUACGAGGGUCACGAUGGUCGCGCUGCCGAUAUAUGGGCAUUGGGAGUCUGCACUUAUGUGAUGGUAUUCGGGACUGUCCCAUUCGUUGCGAACUCAAUAGAAAGCCUAUUCGAGGCUAUCGGGGAGGGAGUAGUAAAGAUUCCUGAUAACCCACCCAUAUCCGCAGAGUUGCGGGAUUUCUUUCGGCAGGUGCUUCAUCCAGAGUGGCAAGACCGUAUAUCUGUACGGAAAAUCCUGGAACACCCUUGGAUAACGUCUGCAAAUGCCGAAGAUGCUGCAGCAUACGCCCAAAAGCUUCUUGAGCAAAAGACAGUCGUCAGGAGCUAG